AUGUCGCAUCAGUCAAAUGAACGCAGUUCGCAAAUACGCCACGCGCAGGUCCAUGAGCAAGCGGCGUAUCAGCGAGUGCGUCUGCGAAUGCGCAUCCUUGAAGAUGUGUGCAGGCUCGCAAAAGAAGACGGUCAACUAGAGAACGUACUGUGCAUAGCCCCGGAUAUGCUGCGUAGACUUGAGAAGCAUCGAUUCCCGUAUCCGUCGCGUCUCGAGGGUUUGAGUGAUGCACGAGUUGUUGAGGAAGCUACUGCCGCUCGAAAGUGGCUGUUUGCCGUACUCGGUUGUCAAAUCAAGGUCAUGCCGCGGGAGCAAGAGAUGCGGACGAUCAAGCUCGCUGUGGGAAAGCAACUCAAAGGUCAACAAGGAGACUGGAGCGAGAAGGAGCGGCUGUAUAUGGCUCUCACAGACUACAGCCUCCCUUCACGCGAGAGCCGUUUGCAGGCUGGAUUCAUGGUGGUGCUGCAUCGUAAUCUCGCAGAACAUCUGCAGGAUGUUGUCAAGCUUGGUGCAGUAUAUACCGAGCGCCUCCAGCGCUUGUCAGAUGAGGCGGCCGACUUCCUAGACACGCUAACGCAUAUUGCGGACAAAGCAGAGUCCAUCGUAGUCGACCACUUUGCUUGCGCUAUACCCUUGGCGCAGCUUGCUACUACUGCGAAUGACACACCUGCUAUCAGUGAUGACAGUGCUGCGUGUUGUCCAAUAUGCCAGAAUCCCUACACCGCCCUCUCCGAAUUCCCGAUCUACGAGCUUCUGGACGACUAUCCAGUGCGGAUCAAGCACUGUGGGCAUGUUGUCGGCAAAGCUUGCCUUGAGCAGUGGAUGAUGACGCCAAAAAUCGACGAGGCCAAAUACCCCCACCGCACAUGUCCACUGUGCCGGGUCAAGGUGGAAGGGGUAAAGCCUCCGGAGACGCCCCGAGCUUUGAAGAAGCAUUUCCAAGACGACCGAAGAGCCAUGGAAGCUCUAUUUGAGCUGAUCUAUGGCUUUGGUGUGGAGGUGGAAGACUGCAUGAGUGCUGUGACUAAGUGCAUGAGCGAGGAGAUUGCAUGCAUUGAGCUUUCGACCGUGGUUGCACGCAACGGCAGCAACGAGGAGCAGUGCGAAGUGCUAAAGAAGAAGCUAAAGGAAUUGCAGAAGGAGAAGCGGGUAUGGGGCUUUAGGGGAGAUGGAGUAUGGAGCAGGCUGAGGGAAGAGUGGAUGAACAGCGGCGUUGUCCGAGGGGCAUGA